UGUUCAACUACAUUAGCUGUAGCUAAUGCAAAAAGUAAUAAAGCAACCGAAAAACAAAAGACUGCAUUUGUCACUUCACUAAGUGAUUGGGUGUGUUCAAAUGCUCGUCCAAUUAAUAUUGUUGAAGAUAGAUACACAUAUGGACCUGUAUCUGCUUCAUCUAUUUUACCUCGUCGUAAAACGGUCAAAAAAGAAAUUAAAAAUGAUGCUAAAAUUGGCCGAAACGAAAUGAAAGCCAUUCUUAUAGGAGUAGCAUAUGAACGACAAUUAUCUUUGUCGCCUGAUUUAUGGUCAGACAGUUAUAAGAAGAUGUGUUACUUAGGAUGUACGGCUCAAUGGGUCGAUAAAGACUGGAAGUUGUGUUCAUUCGAGUUAUUUUGUUUACCUUAUUGA